AUGGUCCCUCCUCGACCACAGUCUUCAUCAACCAGACUACCACCUGUGUCUUAUAUAGAGGCGCAAGUCCAAAACACACCUUUGGAUAGGCCUUUGAAUGUCACAGAUGCGCUCAGCUAUCUUGAUGCUGUCAAAAUGCAAUUCCACGACCAGCCCGACGUUUACAACCACUUUCUUGACAUUAUGAAAGAUUUCAAGAGCGAACUGAUCGAUACUCCCGGCGUCAUCAAACGAGUAUCAUAUCUUUUCAACGGUCACCCAGCGCUCAUACAGGGCUUCAACACUUUUCUUCCUGUUGGGUACCGUAUUGAGUGCUCCACUGACCCACAGGAUGCCAAUUACAUUACUGUUACCACGCCCUCUGGCACAAUGAUGCAAUCAACUAACGACGGUCCUGGUAAGGGCAACCUCCUAUGGUCAACUUUUCCGAGCCUUCCCUCAAGUGUGGUACAUCCUUCAGAACCAUCGGCAUUUUCAUCCUCCGAAAUAGGUGGAUCAAAUUCUCAACCAUUCUCGCAUAGUCUGUUUCCCCCUCAGCCUCCUGGGUCUCCGGAUUCAAACAUAUAUGGCCAAGAUGGAAUUACCAUCGAGCCUGCGGUACAAUAUGUCCAGAAGAUCAAACAGCGUUGUGAUGAAGCAACCUAUCGUCAAUUUCUAGAAAUAUUAGGUCGUUAUCAUAACAAGUCAGAUGCAAUCGACGAGAGAGAAGUGUCGGCUGAAAUUGCCAAGCUAUUCAAAGAUGCCCCUGAUUUGCGAUCUGAUUUUCGAAUUUUUAUGCCGGAGAAAAGUCAACAGCUUUUCGAUGAGAUAGAAGAGAGUUAUUCGGCUCUGCCCCCUGGCAGGCAUACGCGAACCAACACACCUGCUUUGGACACCAGAAGUUCCAGACGAAAAUACGACCCUGUGCCUGCUACAUCUGAUGGCACCGGGUCUGCUCUGCCACAGAAAAGAAAACGCAAAGUGGUCGAUAGAGAAAAGGACAGGGAUUAUCUCGCUGCCCCUUCUCCCAGACGUCCAUCGCAGCCAUCGUUCUCGCAACAGCAUACCCGUAUACCGACUCCUGAGCCGACAAAUGACGAGGCGCAUUUCUUUGACCGGGUGAAACGGGCAUUGGAUAAUCGCGAGACGUUCAAUGAAUUCUUGAAACUUAUCAACCUUUUCACACAGGGAUACAUUGACACUGCGAGGCUGGUCAGGGAAAGUCGAUCCUUCUUGGGGGAAGGAGAGCUGAUGAGGCAAUUCAGGGAGAUUGUAGGGUGGGAUGAUAGGAGGGAACGUGAGAGGUGGUUGCUUGAGGAGCAGCAACAUCAGCAAGGGUACCUUCGCCCUCCAACCAGGAGCAUCAGUGCACCGCUCAGGCCUGGAAGGGUGCAUACAAGCCUUCAGGUGGGGCUUUACAGAAAGCUGCCCGAUCAUGAAGCCAAUGUUUCUUGUACAGGUCGUGAUGAAAUGUGCAAGUCGGUACUUAACGACUAUUGGGUCUCUCAUCCGACGUGGACGAGCGAGGACUCCGGUUUUAUCGCACACAAGAAAAAUAUUUAUGAAGAAGCUCUCCAUCGCAGUGAAGAGGAGCGCCACGAAUACGAUUUCCACAUUGAAGCAAUUGUUCGGACCAUCAGUAUGUUGGAGCCUAUAAACAACAAAAUUGCGACAUUGAGCCCUGAAGAUCGUCCUAACUUUAAGUUAAAACCAAAUCUUGGCGGUUCGGGGAAGAGCAUUCAUCAGAGGGUUAUCAAGAAGAUAUAUGGCAGAGAAGCUGGCGCAGAAGUUAUCCAAAGCAUGCAGGAUUCGCCUGCGGUGGCUAUUCCUGUAGUCUUGAUGCGGUUAAAACAAAAAGAGGAGGAAUGGAAGAGAGCACAACGGGAAUGGAACAAGGUGUGGCGAGAGGUUGACGCUAGGAACUACCACAAAAGCCUUGACCACCAAGCGAUCACUUUCAAGGCAUCCGAUAAGAAAGCCAUCACGACAAAAGCACUUGUUAGCCAGAUUGAAGCAGCGAGAGACGAGCACAUGGCCAAAAGAGCGUCUUUCAUCGAUCCUCUUUUUUCACGCACGAGACCAAGACAUCAACUCGAAUUUGUAGUGGAUGAUUUCAAUACUCUACAGGACGUCCUGAAAUUGACAUUCUCUUUCUUGGACCGAACACAGGGCCAGAUCGCACUUCCGGAACGUAAGAAGAUAGAAGGCUUUCUUCGUACUUUCGUCCCCCUUUUCUUUUCGCUGGACCCUGAGACAUUCAAUCGCACUUUCACCGUAGCUCAAGAAACGGCAGAUAGUGACAUGAGUGAUGAUCUUGCUAGCAUUGCGGAUGACACCGAAGUCUCUAGUGUGGCAAGCGGGAGCUCCAGGGCAGCAAGUCGUGGAAACCGUAAGACCGGCAAUGGCGGUGACUUGAGGAAGAAGCUUCUGAAGAGCGAACAGGCCAAGUCGACUAGUCGAAAGGCCCGCGGUCAAGAUGCCUCUCCGUCUACUUCGAGGCCCGCAUCUCCCGCCAUCGCCGACAUGAUGCAAGUUGACUGCGCAGAUGGCAGUCAACGAGAAGCGAUGCUCAAGAAAUUACCAAAGAAGAGCGUAUUUUUUAGUAAUACAAUAUUCUAUGUACUCUUACGUUUACUUGAGAUCUUGUACGACCGUUUGCACUUUUUCAAGGGUCUCGAGAAUUCUAUUGCCCAACGGCCUAGCCCUUCUGCGGGUAUGCAGGAUGCCUCAGACCAGCAUUCAAUGCAACUCCAUUUCUACGAUUUGAUGCUUGAUGCCUGCGAAAGAUUAUUUGAUAGCGAGGUAGAGCUUCAUGUGUUUGAAGAUCAAAUGCGCAUCAUGUUCGGCGUAAAGGACGCUUUUCGUCUCUUCACGAUCGACAAAGUCAUUGGUGCAUUCAUCAAGCAAGUCCAGCUCGCACUCGCAGAUUCUAGAAGUCAGGAAUUAUAUGAGCUCCUUAAACGCGACCGAGCCCUUGUUUCGCCAUCUACCCAAGAUCAGCUUAAUAGUCGCCGCUUUACCGAAAAUGUGUUGGGACCUGAUGAAAACAUAUUUCGAAUUGACUGGCUCUGCGACUCGAAGACUGUGACAGUUCAGUUGAUUGGCAAAGAUUCUGCCAACAUGGACGACUCGGAAGCACUGACCGAGCGCUGGCAGUCUUAUGUCGAUUCAUUUGUCUCGAGCGGCGAUACGGAAGGCCUGUCUCACUCUCGCAUGAAACGACCAUUUUUAAGAAAGAAUCUGCCUUCCACAGCGGAUAGAGCUCCUCCAGACGUUAUUGCCCAAGGCGCUCUUGAGAUCAGAGUGUGCGUGAGGACAUAUAGAUUAUUCUAUGUUUCACACACAGAAGAUUUCCUGCAACGCUCGACUACUGUGCAAGAGAUGGCGAUGGCAAUAAAGCGAUUAGAAACCCGGAAGUUACAGCAAAAAAAACGGCUGGAACAGAUCGAAAUGGGUGAUGCGUCUCUUCUCAACGUUAUACCGUGAUGCUUUCACGCCGGAUUUUUAUGGCGGUCGUAACGUGUACUCAUUCUGAUAUCCUACGACAAUGUUAUCCCACAUAAGUACUCGCACACCUCUGCCAGUCAGAUUCCAGCCUUUUUUGUCCAAGUCCGUUGAGUCUAGCAUUUAUGAGAUGCAUUCGACGGCCAAAACACCCACGAUAGCAAUAAUGAUACAAUGCUACACUUGUCAUUCAACAGCCAGUUAGUAUUAUGCCUAUUAACAUGCAACUACAAAUACGAAAUAUGAAAUGCUGUAUACUUUUACAUUGUACUUCCAUUGUCCCCAAUAAUGCGUGUGUAAACCGGAAGAAGUCAUAAACCCAAUCACAUCGUGAAACUGCUUUAGCGACAUAGCUCUGCCUCGUCACGAAAUGGGUCCCAAUCUUCUGGUCUCUCUGAUGCUUCAUCACCCUCCAAUAGCACUUCGUCAUCAAUCAGCUCGUCUUUCUCUUGAACAUCCUCAUCAUCUUCAUCAUCAUCAUCCAGCCCUGCAUCUUGCAUACCCUUCUUUGUAAGCUUCAAUAUUCUGUUUGAAGUACGCUCAACUCGUAAACCGUGUAACCGUUCUGUUGGAAAUGGCGUAAUGGGUAUGAAGGGAUUGGGUGAUGAAGAAUACAUAGGAAGUGUAGCACAAGACAUAUCAGGAUCAAUAUCCAAGUCGUCAUCUUCGUCGU